CUAAAAAAAUAUUUUGCACUUUCACAUCUGAUCGUGAAACUGUAUUAAGUGACGUCAAAUUGGAAUUUGCGAAGCUGGUAACAUCAGUUGACAUUAGUAAAAAGUGUCAUAUCAAACGUUUCUCAAUCCUAUUGUUUGACAAUGUCGUAGCAUGUUUAUAGUUGCGUGCGGCGAGCGAGCAUCAUUGGCGAACCAGCCAUGGCGACGCGAGCUUGCAUCGUACUGUGCGCGCUAGUAAUAUGCGCGUACGCAGCCCGCGAGUGCAUAGAACUGACGAUAAAGGACAAUUUCCUAUCCGACUCCAUAUUCAACAGCACGAUACUGAAAGUGAAGCAGGAGGGGGCGCGGGUGAAUAUUGUGGGGCUCUGGGACAAGUUCCCGAAGACAGUGGUGCCCCUGAACGGGACGAGCGAGCAGUGCAGGCGGGAGAGCCAGCUGUUCCUGGACAGCUUGGACCGACUGGAGCUAUGGGCGCUGCAGAUGUUUGACGCGACCGCGAAGCCUCCGUCCGGCAUACUGUCCGGCAAUGCCAACCAAUAUGGCGACUUCGACGAGUGCCUCGCGGUUGACGGGGCGGUUCGCGGGAAGUACUGCCUCGCCUCUCUUCAGGUGACAGUGGAUGGACAUGAGGCGAUAGACAACAUGGUGCACAGCGGAUACUUCAUAAGAAGCAACGUCACGGAUAUGGGCCACCGUCUCCCGCGGUACUCCAGCCUGCUGUGGGGCGUCUGCAUCCCCAGCUCCUGCAGCAGCUUCGACUUGGAGCACGAGCUGGCCGACAAGCUGACCGACCUGCGCAUCUCCGUGAAGGUCCACAACACCAUGUGCACCGUCAAGAACGUGGUGCGACCUUACUCCUUCGGAAAAUCCCUGGCUAUAGCAUUCUUUCUCGCCAUUCUCCUCCUGCUGAGUUUGGGGACGAUGCUCGACGAUGGAAAGGAAGGCUCCACAAACUUCGAGAAGCUUUUAAACGGCUUCUCCCUGAAGAGAAAUUUCAAGAAACUCUUCGAUCUAUCAGACACUACGGACAAAGUGAAGGGUGUUGACGCGAUGAGGGGUAUCAAUAUGAUCACCCUGCUCCUCGCACAUAAGUCCAUGGCUAUGGCACACAACCCGUACGUUAACAAAACCACGUAUUCUGCUGUAUUCGGCAUGCCUUGGGCGGUUAUCGGAAGGUCUGCCAUAUUAUACACAGACAGUUUUCUGUACCUUAGUGGAUUUCUGAAUGCCCACAACUUACUUAAAGAACUGGACAGGAAAGGAACUAUAGACGUCAAGGAGAGGCUAAUUUCUAGAUGGUUCAGACUCUUCCCCCUCUUCCUGAGUCUGAUGCUGUUCUGCACGUACAUCUUGCCGGACGUGAACAACGGCCCGCAGUGGAACCUCGUGGUGGAGGAGCACAGCCGCGUCUGCGUCAAGAACAUGUGGAAGAGUUUCCUCUUUAUCCACAACUACUUUGGUUUUGAGGAUAUGUGUCUAACCCACACGCACCAGCUCGGCAUAGACAUGCAGCUGUACGUAGCCACAUUACCCCUGAUGCUACUGCUGUGGAAGUCCAGGAGACUGGGGCUGGCCCUCAUGCUGGGUAUAGCAGUCGGCUCCACCGUCCUCCGGUACCUGGCCAUCCAUUGGUACGACAUCAGCAUGUUCGUGUACUACGGGAUCUCAGUCAACAAACUCCUGGACGCAGCACGCUACUCCUACAUCCUGCCGACUCACCGAGCGACGAUCUACCUCAUAGGGGUGCUCAUGGCCUUCGUGCUGCGAGCUAAGAAGUCUACCAGUCUUACAGACAACCAAGUCCGCGCGCUAUGGGGCGUAAGUUUCGCGGUGGGGUUGUUCACGCUCAUCAGCCCCUACCAGAUGGGGCUAGAGGGGUACAAGUACGAGCACCUCCCCGCGGCGCUGUUCGCGGCCUUCUCCCCCGUGCUGUGGGGGCUGGCCAUGGGGAUCGGACACUGGGCUAUAUGCAACGAUUAUGCGGGUAUCGGUACAUCGUUCAUAGAGUCGCGAGUGUUCAGGUUCCUGAACAAGAUCGCGUACGGCGUGUACCUCACGCAGUUCCCGAUAUUCUUCUACAACGUCGGCAUACAGAGGCAUUCUGAGUACUACUCACCGCUACUACUGUUCCCGGUGCCGGAGAUGCUGCUAGUGCUGGUGAUAUCCAUACUGACCACCGUCGCCAUCGAGAUGCCAUUCAACCAGCUCUACAGGAUUUAUUUCGGAAAAUCACAGAGAAAAGUGAAAGAAAACUGACGAGGAAAUUGUAAAUAUUCGACAUUAUACCAAACAUCACGUAGUCAUUAAGAUUUUUGUAAGGAUUUUGUACCGCUAAUGUAUGUAUUAGAUUAAAGAAAUAAGAUUACUUAACUUAUA